CGUGUAGUGGUGCGACCUGUGUUGCGCUUGUUGUGACAGCUCGAGGCGGAAGUUUCAUUGAAGUGUUGUUUGCUUGUGUUUCUCAUAAGUGUACUUACAUUGCUGAGAAAUUUAACCCUUUUAAAACUGAAUCUGAUUUGUUACUUGAUACACCAUGGCGACGGCAGUUGCUUCACGAUUUGCUGUUCUUACUGUGGAAGGCGAAGAUGAUUAUCCGAAGAAGAGUCAACAGAAGAAAAAGACUGACAAUAAAAAGUCAGCUUCGGGCACCCAAAAGUCGGAUGCAAAUCAGAAAAAGAAAAAUAAGAAACAAGAAAAUGGAAAGCAACAGAACCAGCAGAAAGCGAAUGCAAAACCAAAAGCUAAGUCUUCUACCAAGGGGGACGGAAACAAGCAAGCAAGUUCCACAAACAAAAAGAAAUCUGCUACACAAGACAAUCAGUGGGAUCAGUGGAAACAAAAAGAUUCAGAGUUUGUAGAAGAAUCAUAUGAAAGAGAUCUGCAGCAGGCCAUCCUCCUCUCAAAGCUGGACUAUGAGGAAAAGAAAGAUGUUUACGAGCAGUUGAAGAAAGAAUCACAAGAACAAGAAAAACGACAGGCAGCUAAUGGAGGAAAUAAACGGGCCAAGAAGCAGCAGAACCGUGCACAACCCAUGUCACUAGAGCAGUUUAAUAAUAUGGUGGAAUCCGAUGGUCUUAAUGCAAUGGGUGCUGUAGAAGAGUCUGAGUCGGAACAGCCAUCAAUAAUUUCAUCAAAUCAAAUAGAACAUGAUACUACAUUCUUUGAAAGAAUCCAGAGUGAUACCAAGAAAGUUCUUGAUCGUGAACACUCUGAAGAACUACGAAAAGCACGUGAGCCUUUUCUUAAUGAACUACUACUUGUAGCUCAGUUGCAAGAUGCUCUAGAAAAGAAAAAAGAAGAAAAUGAGUUAUUAAAACAAGAAAUUGCUGAAUUAAGAGAAGAAUUGCUUAAUGUGAGAACAAGAAACAAGAAACUCUGUCAAAUCCUUGCUCAUGGUGAAAUGAAAGAUAAGGCAGAAGUUCUCCUAGAAGUUGACCGCCUCCAACAAAUGAGGGAUGAACUGUCAUCAGAAGUAUCCAGUCUUCACACUUUGUUAGAGCAAGAACGUUCAAAAGUACGGGCCCUAACUUCUGAUACGAAAAACAAAUCCCAGAACAAGAAACGGAGUGCAAGUGAAACAGCACAAUGAUGGCAGAAGAAGAAACUGGGAGACAUGUACCAGAACUAGUUUCCUGCAGAUUUGUUGUGGAACUGUUUUUGCUGUCUACAGAUAAACUAAGCAAGAAAUCAAAUUGCUCGCUGCAUGCCAUUUAUGGUGGAGUCUUCAGGUCUGCGGCAAAGCAGAACACUUUUGAACAACUUUUAUAUGUCAUUUUGCGUCUUGUGACUGGAUCAGUAUCUUUGAUAAUUGUGUUUGUUUGGUUUGGUAUCAACUUUAAGGGUUUCAUCUGGAUUAAACUGUGAUGAUAACUUUAAAUGUAAGCCUUUUAGUAGAUUUGAGAGAAAAUUUUCAUUGGUAUUUAUGUUAUACUUUCUUUAUACGCUGCCAGAUACAAGAGGAACAAAGUUUAACAUCAGAAGGCAUUGGCUACUGUCCUAACAUAAUAUUCACGCUUGGGCUCAUUUGGCAUUCUGGAUACCACAUAUUCUUACUAUUAAUAAUAUCAUGUAUCACUAUAAUAAGGUCUGCCUUUUUUUGGAGAUCUUGAAAACACCACCCAUUUAAAUUUGCACAAUUUUGUUGCAUUUUUUCUGAAAAUAUUAAUUGAUAGCUACAAGUUACACCUCAGGGGUUUUUAUAUUUUGACUAAAGUUCAGUCUUGAUCACACCAUUUAUGUUUCAAUGACAUAGGUAACCGGUUUCGGAUAUUUUUACAUAACCAUCAUCAGACCCAUGGCUCCCUUAGGAUGGUAGGCGGAGCCCUCCUUAGCAGCUACAAGUUGACUUCAUAGCAGCUGAGGAGGGCUCCGCGUACCAUCCUAAGGGUGCCAUGGGUCUGAUGAUGGUUAUGUAAAAAUAACCGAAACCUGCCACCUAUGUCAUUGAAACAUAAAUGGUUUGAUCAAGACUGAACUUAAGUCAAAAUAUAAUAAUCUAUUGAUCACUGUAUUCCAAAAAUGUUUACCAAAAUCAGUGGUUUUUAUUUUGAUCUGGUGUUUAAGAACACCACAGUAUAGAGAAUACCCCUAUGAAAAUUUCUAAUCAUGACUCAUUUUUUCUCAAAACUUCUGUUAAAGAGCUGCACAAAUGUUUUAAAGCUGAUGGAAACUGAUUUGAACAACAGGUGUAAAGGAAAACAGUUGUCAUUAUGAUUAUGGGUAUAAAGACAAUUGAACAAGAUGCUGAAUGCUGCCAGAUUUGGAUUGUACAUGUUCUGUUUAGCCAGCCAGUUGGUCAUUGCCGUCAAUAUUUGAACAGCCAUCUUUAAACUAAAAGUGUGAGACACAUGCUGUGCCAGUGUAAGAUAUUACGUAUUUGUAUGAAAGUUAAGUUUCUAAAUAAUAGAAUUCUUCCCUAAUGAUAUCCUUUCUUACUAUUUUUCCUGUCCAGCAGUAUUUGUUUAAUGCAUUUUUUAAUUUGAAAACUUUUGUUGUAAUUGGAAAACAGUUUUGGUGCCAAAUACGUUAGGUCAUGUGUUGUAAUAUAUUGGUUAAAUUGUUUUUUUUUUCUGCUGUAUGAUGUAUACACCAGCACUAUAUAACAGGCAUAGGAACAUCUUUGUGCUAGUUGCUAAGGUUGUAAUGUGUUCCAAUUACAGAAAUAUGCCAUUGAGAACAUUAAAGUUCCUUCAGAAACAUAUCAUUGUUUCUGUUCAUGAAGAGAUUAAACUCUUCUAGAUAUGCAAUUUUAGUGCCAUUAUUCUGUAUUGUUAAUAUGGCAGAGAGGUUGGUUGUAAAUAUUGCAGUGUUCUCUGUUAUUAUGUUGAAAUGGCAUGUUUGAGACUGUUGAUUCUGUUUAUGUUCAUUGUUAGCUGCCCUUCUGAGGCAAAACUUUCUUUUCUUUCAUCUCGUGUUAAUCAAUAAAGUGAUAUUGUUGUGUUCUGUAAGAAAUUAUUGCUUUGCGUGAUGUGUUUAGUGAAGUUCACCAGUCAUUUAAGUAUGCCUCUUUCUUUCCCAGUGAUUCUCUGGCGAUAAGUUUAUUGUUCUCAGUUAUG